ACAUAAUUGUUUUCAAUAAAUUUUACCUCAUGAAACCAGAGAGGCACAGUGCUGUGCGCAGAAAGCGACACGCCCUCUUCCAUUGCAAAUCGCGUGCAGCAAACAUUCAUGCACAACACUGCAAUCCACAUUCACAGGGAGCUGUCCACUCGAAGGGCAGACGAACAAAAUAGGACAUAAAGAAAAGAAACAUGCCGGAGACUCAAGGCCUCAACGCUCCUGACGGGGCUAAUGGGAACGCAGAGGACCAAAAACAGACCACAGACAACGAAUCUGACGGCAGAGAGAAAUGGGCCAGCAAGACCGAGUUUUUGCUGUCUAUGGCUGGAGAGAUUAUCGGCCUGGGAAAUGUGUGGCGCUUUCCUUACCUAUGCUACAAAAAUGGUGGAGGCGUGUUCUUCAUUCCAUAUUUCAUCUUCCUGUUCUUUUGUGGAAUCCCAGUAUUCUUCUUGGAGACUGCAAUGGGUCAAUACACCAGUCAGGGAGGCGUCACUGCUUGGAGAAAAAUUUGCCCCAUGUUUGAAGGGGUAGGCAUUGCCUCUCAAGUUAUAGUGAUAUAUUUGAAUAUAUAUUACAUAGUGGUUCUGGCCUGGGCUAUCUUCUACCUCUUUAACUGUUUCUGGAGUACACUACCUUGGACUUCGUGCAGCAACGAUUGGAACACAGCAAACUGCCAAACUUUAAAUGCUACAAACAUCGGUGAGCACAGAUCUGCUGCUGACUGGUCUUUCCUCUACAAUGAAACUGACAACUACAGCUUGAGUUCUCAAAAUGGAUCUGAAUGGCCGCCUUUUAAAGUGAUCUCCGCAGAACAAGAGUAUUGGUUUUAUCGUAUGUUGCGGGUGUCUGACAGUGGUGCUCUGGAGGGCGUAAACGGUGAUCUUGCCAUGUGUCUUUUGCUGGCAUGGGUCAUCUGUUAUUUCUGCAUCUUUAAAGGGGUCAAGACCACAGGCAAGGUUGUGUACUUCACGGCUACGUUCCCGUACCUGAUGCUGUUCAUCCUGUUUAUUAGAGGAGUAUCCCUACCUGGAGCUGGAACUGGGAUUGCUUAUUACCUUUAUCCUGACAUCAGUAAACUCUCCAACCCUGAUGUCUGGCGUGAUGCGGGGACUCAGGUGUUUUUCUCGUACGCCGUGUGUCAAGGAGUCCUUACAGCGCUGGGCAGUUACAACAGAUACAACAAUGACUGCUACAAGGAUUGUUUAGCGCUCUGCGUGCUGAACAGCACAACAAGCAUCUUUGCUGGGUUUGUGGUCUUCUCCAUUUUGGGGUUCAUGUCCCAACAGCUUGAUUUAUCCAUGGAAGAAAUUGUAUCUUCAGGUCCUGGUUUAGCUUUCAUAGCAUAUCCCAGAGCUCUGUCUCUGUUACCUGGACCCCAGUUCUGGUCCUUUCUAUUCUUUCUUAUGGUACUUAUGCUGGGCCUUGACAGCCAGUUUGUGUGUGUGGAAAGUUUAGCCACAGCUCUCACUGACCUGUUUCCGGAAAAAUUACGCAAACGUCGGGAGCUUUUGGUUUUGGCCAUUGCUGUUGUCUGCUUUUUACUUGGUCUGCCAUUCAUCACGAAGGGAGGAAUUUAUCUCUUCAAUGUGAUGGACACCUAUGGCCCCAGUGGGACCAACUUGCUCUUUAUCGCCUGUUUUGAGACAGUUGUUGUCGCGUGGGUCUAUGGUGCAGACCGUUUCUAUGACAACAUUGAGGAUAUGAUAGGAUAUGCACCAAUUGCUGCGCUGAAGUACUGCUGGCUCUUCAUUACCCCUCUCAUUUGUAGCACCACUCUGCUGUAUAAUCUGCUGGGUAAUAGAAAUGCAUCCACUGAUGAAGUGCCUGACUGGACUUACACGAUCGCACCUUUGCUCACAGUCAUUCCUAUUAUCUGCAUACCAGUCUUCAUAGUCUUUUCCUUACGAAAGGGUCAAGACAUCCUCACCCCCUCUAGUGAUCUCAAGCAGAUCCGACCAAACAGUCCACGUCUUACAGUGUGUAAUCGUGUUAUCAUUAAACCACAAAGAGCCCAGAAAAAUCAGGAGGAUGGAUAUGAGAAAGUCACAACAGACCACACCAGUGGAGUUUGAGAAUACACAAUCAUACGGUAUAACUUUAUUUAGCUUUUAUAUUGAAUGUUAUACACUGUGAAAUGUGCAGUUAUUACUUUUACGAAUGAUUUUUUUUUUACCUCAACUUAAAAUGACUUUUGUCAGUGUAACAUUAUAUAGUCAAUCAUAUUAAGAUGUAUAAAAUGACCUAAACAUUUCUAUGUUGUAUUAAGAAUGAAUAUUUUUUGCUGUAGGUUCAACUGGUGAGUAGGUUAGUUUAUGUUCACAAUGUGUUAUGUAAGGAAUAAUUGAUGACCGUCCAUUGAAUUAUUUGAAAAAUAUGCGCAGCUAAGGUGGCAAUGCCACACGGCGGGUGUGCAUUAUUUUCAAAUACUUCAAUAGGAGUCAAUUAUUCAACUGUUACUACAGGCAUUGCUCUGGUGGUUAUUUUAAGACAUUUGAUAGGGCAGGUGUGCGUUUAUCGAAAAAUAAUGCAUACCCAUGGAACAGUUCUCAACCAAUCAGAAUAAAGCAUUCAACGGCCCAUGGUAUACAUACAGGAAUGAAUGGAUUGUGUAAUACAUAUAUAUAUUUUUUUUCUUCAUAAUAUUCUCAGGAGAAGUACAACUGGGGCUUAGUGCAGCUGAGGCAUUUAAAUCAUUAAACAUUAUGGAGCUUUUUCUUUUUUAAAGUUGCCUUUGGCUGACUUGCUCACAGGGGGCUUUAAGACAUUAUGGCAUGACUUUCUGUUAAGCUCCUUUGAAACAAUAUAUGUUAAAUGCACUAUAAAAAUAGACAUGGCUUGACAAAACAUGACUUGAAAUAUAAUAUUGUGAAAUGAUACUUGUUCUGAGAACAAGCAGUGUUGGGGUAGUUACUCAAAAAAUGUAAUUAGUUACUAGUUACUAGUUACUUCUUUAAAUUGUAAUGAGAUUACUUUACUAGUUACUGCAUUUGAAAAGUAACUUCACUACUUAUUACUUUACUUUCCUUUUUCUUAAUUUACCACAUAGAUACAUGGACAUGGUUUAGGCGGGGUCGGCUGAUGAUGAGUGACUACUUUAAAUGACCGGCCAGGGCUCUAGACUAACUUUUUGCACUGGUGCGCCUAACAUCUUAGGUGCACCAGCACAAGGUGCACCCUAAUUUUUGACCCCAUCGGAUUUAUAGUUCGCCCAAAAAUUAAAAUUGUGUAUAAUUUACUCCCUCUCAUGU